AUGUGGCCACUUGUAGUAAUUAGUUUCAUGUUGUGUUUGGUACCCUCCUAUCAACAAUUCCCCCGGUUCUGUGCUACCCGGGAAGCCUUGCUCUCAAAGGAGUGCUGCCCGGUCUGGGAAGGGGACGGUUCGCCCUGCGGAGCCAGCUUGGGUCGGGGCUCCUGCCAGGAUGUGAAGGUGCCGGACCAUCCUGACGGGCCGCAAUACCCCUUCUCCGGAUUAGACGACAGGGAGAAGUGGCCUUUAGUUUUCUACAACCGGACUUGCCAGUGCGCAGGUAACUUCAUGGGUUUCAGCUGCGCAGACUGUAAGUUUGGCUACUUUGGUGUGAACUGCAAUGAGAGGAGAGAGUCUGUCAGGAGGAACAUAUUGCACCUGUCCCGGGCCGAGAAGAUCAGACUCGUAUCUUACCUGAACUUGGCCAAGCAGACGAUCAGCAGGGACUAUGUUGUGGCCACCGGGACCUACCAGGAGAUGGAAAACGGCUCCAACCCGAUGUUCGCUGAUGUGUCUUCGUAUGAUGUGUUUGUGUGGAUGCAUUACUAUGUGUCCCGGAACGCACUAUUAGGCGGGCCGGGUAAUGUGUGGACCAAUGUGGACUUUGCCCACUGGGCGCCUGCUUUUCUCCCGUGGCACCGCGUGUACCUGUUGCACUGGGAGCAAGAGAUCAGGAAGCUGACCGGAGACAUGAGCUUCACCAUCCCGUACUGGGACUGGAGGGAUGCCAAGGGAUGUGACGUGUGCACAGACGAUCUGAUGGGGGACCGAAGCCCCCAGGAUCCCAGUCUACUCAGCCCAGGCUCGAUCUUUUCUUCUUGGAGGGUGCUGUGCUCCCGAGCAGAGGACUACAGUAACAGGGGUGUGUUGUGUGAUGCCGGGGAGGAAGGCCCAUUGCGGCGUAACCCUGGAAACCAUAAUCGUAACUUGGUUGAACGAUUACCAACUUCAGCAGAGGUGGCGUUCACUCUCAGUCUGACCAACUAUGACACCGGAGCCAUGGACCGCGGAGCCAACAUGAGCUUCAGGAACACUCUGGAAGGAUUCGGGGAUCCUCAGACUGGGUUAGGGAACAGUUCUCAUAGGGGAAUGCAUGCUGCUCUCCACGUGUUCAUGAACGGAUCCAUGUCCUCAGUGCAGGGCUCAGCAAAUGACCCCAUAUUUAUCCUCCACCACGCUUUUGUCGACAGCAUUUAUGAGCAGUGGCUCAGGAGGCAUACACCAUCUCCGUCAGAGUAUCCAGACUCUGAUGCUCCUAUAGGGCACAACGGCGACUACCACAUGGUGCCCUUCCUGCCCCUCCACAGAAACCGAGAAUUCUUCAUCUCCAGCAAGGACCUGGGAUAUGAAUAUUCGCACCUCCUAGAUGCUAGUCAGAGGCUAGCAGAAUCUGUGCGUCCUUUCCUGGAGGAAUUGCAGAAUGUGUGGCCCUGGCUGCUGCUUGCAGGGCUCUGUGGAGGGAUUGUAGCAGUGAGCAUAGCUGCUGCCGUCCUAAUUUCAAAACGGCGAUACGUGAGCAAGUGGAAAAACCUAUUUGCUCUACCGGAAAGACAGCCACUUAUCUGGAGCAGUGACACUGAGGAAACCAAACACUCUGACUACCAAACAACUAUCUGAAGGCAAAGCCGGCCCUGUGAAGUGACGCACGCAUCUAUGAUUUUUAACAUCACUGUGAAUUAUACAUUAUAUCGGCUUAUUGAGUAUUGUAAUCUUUGUUAUUGCCAAUUUAUUUAAACUGUUCAAUUAUAUUCCACUCACAACCUUUACAUUUCAGACAUGGUCUGUGCAACAUUUAUGGUUUUGGUCAUGAAAUUGUUUUCACUUUUAUAGAGUUAACAUGGUGUUAGCCAAUUACCUUCAAAAUAAGGUUCUGCAUGCAUCCGACUUCCAUUCAGAGUAAGAAUCACACUCUUCAGAUACAUUUACAAAAGCCUUGAGGGACUUUAUUUUUAUUUUUUAUUAUCUUUGAGAGUUCUGUUCUUUCAUUUUAAUUAAUUAAUUCAUGUUUGUAGUGGGCGAUGGGCUUUUAGAAAUAGAACAAGGUGAUAAUGUCUGCACAGUUGUCAAGUACCGAGACAUCUCCACGUUAUUCAACAUCCUAACCUCAAAGUUAUGUAAUAGUAA